CCUAAAUACCAUAUCGCGCCCAACUUCUCCAUACCGCCAGUUGAGGCGGGAGGGCUCUUACAGUUGGGCUCCAUUAUCGCCAAUGUCAGUAGCGCAGACAAACCACCUGUUAACGAGGACUCCCAUGUACACAUUCUGCAAACCGAGCUAUUCUGCAGCCACCAAGGGGAUUUCACAGCGACAAAAUCGCGCAUGGAAAGCGGUGACUGCGGUGUGUGGGCGAAAUUUAUCGGUAGAGCUGGCCUCGGUGGCGAGCUGAGCUGGGGGACUGAAAGGUCUGCUGAGGAUGUCUACCGCUUUCGUAGCAUGGAUACUAUAUAUUUCAAACCAUCAGAGGCAUAUAUCAAGGAAAGUAUGGGGCGGUCAGAGGUACAAGACUACCUUGAUGGCUCUGGGACUAGUUACGUCUAUAUGGUCACUGGCCUAAAGACUGCCAGAGGUCCAUCAGUGAGGAUGCAUAAGAGCUUCAAGUCCAAGGUUUCAGUCGAGUUGGGCUUACACGAGCCAGGCGGGUUAACUAUGAAGGUUGGGCCCAAAUUCAAUACCUCCAAGAAUAUGAGGUGGGAGAAUAGCUUCCAAGACUCUACCGAUUUUAUUAUUGGCAUCCGCGUUAAUAAGCUCAUGUACAAG